AUGAGGCUCUUGUACAUGUUAAAACAGGGUGUAGUAAUUGAGCCAUUAUUAAAAUGUCACCCUUUGCGGCAUCCUAUGUGGCUAGCACCAUCGAAGAAGAAGCCUCCACCCCCACCAAAAGAAGAAAAAAAAGAAGAAAAGAAAGAGGAUGCAGAAGCAAAGCCAGAGGAGGAUCAUUACUGUGAUAUGCUGUGCUGUAAAUUCAGAAAACCUCCACUGAAAAAAUACAUGGAGUAUCUGCAGCUACCAGACAGCAUAGACUCAUACACAGACCGCCGUUACGUAGCGUGGCUCAUGCUUGUGACAGUCGCCUAUAAUUGGAAUUGCUGGUUUAUUCCCCUUCGCUUUGUGUUUCCAUAUCAAACCCCAAGUAAUAUAAUAUAUUGGUUUACCAUAGACAUCAUUUGUGAUAUCUGCUACCUGUGUGACUUACUGAUUUUCCAGCCACGAGUGCAAUUUUUAAAAGGUGGAGAUAUAAUAGUAAACAGAGUGGAAAUGAAGAAAUUCUACCACAGCUCAGUGAAGUUUCGGCUUGAUGUGAUAUCAGUAUUGCCGUUUGAAGUGUUAUACUUCUUCUUUGGAUUUAACCCAGCAUUUAGAGCAAAUAGGAUGCUAAAGCAUAACACAUUCUUUGAGUUUAAUGAUCGUUUGGAAGCUAUCCUGGACAAAGCAUACAUCUACAGGGUCAUUCGAACAACUGGAUACUUGCUGUUUAUCUUGCACGUUAAUGCAUGCCUGUAUUAUUGGGCUUCAGACUAUGAAGGACUUGGCAGCACUAGAUGGGUGUACGAUGGCAAAGGAAACAUGUAUCUGAGGUGUUACUACUGGGCAGUUCGUACUUUAAUCACCAUCGGUGGCCUUCCAGAACCACAAACCCUGUUUGAGAUAGUUUUUCAACUGCUGAAUUAUUUCUUGGGUGUCUUUGUCUUCUCCAGCUUAAUUGGUCAGAUGAGAGAUGUAAUUGGAGCAGCUACAGCAGGACAGAACUACUACCGUUCCAGUAUGGACAACACUGUCUCCUAUAUGAACACUUACUCUAUUCCAAAAGUGGUGCAAAAUCGUGUUCGAACCUGGUAUGAAUACACAUGGGACUCUCAGGGAAUGCUGGAUGAAUCAGAAUUACUGGAGCAGAUGCCAACCAAAAUGCAAUUAGCCAUUGCAAUUGAUGUGAACUUUGCCAUUGUCAAUAAAGUUGACUUAUUCAAAGGGUGCGAUACCCAGAUGAUAUAUGACAUGCUGCUAAGGUUGAAAUCCAUUGUAUAUUUACCUGGUGACUUUGUCUGCAAAAAGGGAGAGAUUGGCAGAGAGAUGUACAUCAUUAAACAGGGUGAAGUUCAAGUCCUUGGAGGCCCUGAUGGUACAAAAGUCCUGGUUACACUAAGAGCAGGAGCUGUAUUUGGGGAGAUCAGCUUAUUAGCUGCAGGUGGAGGAAAUCGAAGAACUGCCGACGUGGUUGCUCAUGGUUUUGCCAACCUUUUCAUUCUGGACAAGAAAACACUCAAUGAAAUCUUAGUGCACUAUCCCGAGUCGGAAAAACUUCUCAUGAAGAAAGCAAAGGUGCUGCUGAUGCAGAAGGGGAAACCUGCUCCAGGACCACCAGUGCAACAACCACGGGGCUUGGCCGGUCUGUUUGGGCAGAAACAGGAAACUCCAAAACUGUUUAAAGCGAUACUUGGAGGUAAAGGAAAAGAAGGCCUUUCUAGGCUGCUGCAGCUGAAGACAGAACAAGACACUCAGGUAAUGCUACAGAAAACAGAGUAGUUAAUUUCAGGUGCUGAAGAGGGAAACAAGCAGAGAAAACAAAAGCAAAGAAAAAGCAAGGAAAAAAGCAAGCAAACAAAAAUCCUCAAAGAAACUGAAGCAGAAAAUAAGCCUAAACAAGAGGAGACCAAACCCGUGGAGCCUGCGGCCUCAUCUGCACCCCCUGCACAAAAGGAAGAGCCGAAUGCAGGCGCUAAGCCUAAACCACCUGCAGUUCUGCACAGAGGAACCACUAACGAGUCACUGAUCAUUACUAUGUCUCCAUCCCCCAAAACAGAAGAAGGAGAGAUCCUUAAAGUUGAAGUUAAAGAGAAAAAAAAAUAA